ACAGAAAUUUCCAAAAGAUGGUUGAAUUGUAGGAAAAACAAAUUUUCAAAAGCCCACCUGACCUGCAGCCUGUUGCCUGUGGCCUGUCUGUGGAGGAUGAGGACUCUGUUUUGAAUCAACGGCGACGAGAAAAAGAAGAGACUGCCUCAGAAACACUGAAAGCUUCUGUUCAGCUGCCUUUUUAUUUUAUAGCGGAUUAAUCGAGACUGAGUCGAAAUGCAGCAGCCUGAAACCCAGCAGACAACUCAACAAGCAGCGACAGACAUCCUGGAUCCCGCAGAUCAGUACCUGCGUCGGAGGAAAACGGCUCUGUGGGUGACCGUGUCUCUGCUGGCUCUGUCUCUGGUGGUGCUGACAGUGGGUCUCAUCUCUGCCACUCGCACAGACAACGUGCCCGUCGCUGGAUAUUACCCCGGCAUCACCUUGAGUUUCGGAGCAUUUCUUGGUAUUGUUGGCAUCCACCUGGUGGAAAACCGCAGACCAAUGCUUGUGGCAGCGAUCAUCUUCAUCAGCAUCGGAGUCAUCGCGUCUUUCUUCUGUGCCAUCGUGGACGGAAUCAUCGCUGCAGAGUUCAUUGACACGAGACCGUUGCAGCAGGACAUGUGUGACUUCUACACCAGUGGAUCGGCCUACACCUACGACAGCUACUACACAGAGGUGACAUGCCAUUUAUUCAACAAAGCAUGCAAGCUCAAACUGAGGAGCAACACCUGCUACUGCUGCUACCUGUACAACUGUGAGAGCAUAGAGUACCACACCCAGUACUACGAGUUCACUGGUGUCAGCAGCUGCUGGGAUGUGAUCCAUCUGUACCGUCUGCUGUGGGCCUCAGUGGUGCUCAACGUGAUCGGCUUGUUCCUGGGCAUCAUCGCUGCCGCCAUCCUCGGCGCGUACAAGGACAUGCAGAAGCCGACUCCUCAAAUGGCUCCCAGCCCGGCGCCGCCUCCCCACAUCAUGUACAACCCGACCCAGCACAUGCUCACCUACGCUGGCUUCUGUCCCCCGGGACAGAGUCUGCCCGCCUACCCCAACUAUCCAGUACCAAUGCAGCACAACAGCAACUACCAGGCACCUGCGACGCCCCAGAUGACCCCAGAGGGAGGCCUGGCCCCCGCCGGCUGCCCGUCUGACGAGAGCCAGCCGCCCUCCCAGACUCCCGCCCAGCCGCAGUGCCAGGGAGCCGCCCAGGAACCGGGCGGCUUCAUGCUGACUCCCAACGCCCCCGCGCUCUACGGAUCCUCCUUCAGCCCCUUCGAGAAACCUCCGCCAUACGCCUACUGAGAGAGCACGCGUGGAUCUGGUCAAACAGAAUGUGGCACACGUCAGACAUUUCGUAGGCGAGCUCGGAGAAGGGAAACACUCGAGUGAGCUUCGCAGUUACUGAUUCAAAUGCUAUGUUUCAUGUCUGGUGGAAUUGUACUAAUAGUGACACCGAUUUCUAGCUAUGUAAGUGUGAUCAUAUAGUCAUAAGUUAUUUCAUGUGCAUUCGUUGAGGGAAAAGGUUUCGGAAACAAACUUAAUUGCUUCCAUGCCGAAAUUGAAAUGAUAAGAUUGACUCUCAUAUAUCUAUAGGUAAAUAUGAAGUCACAGCCAGUAAGUUUAUCUUAGCUUGGCCUCGCUGUUUCCAUGGGUAACUAUCUCCCCCGCCAGCAGGGAAGUGAAUAAGCGGAUUUCCUAAAUUGUCCAUCUUCUCCUUUAAGCCUAAAGCGAGCUGCUCACACAUUACACAUGAAUCUUAAAACACUGGACUGCGAUCGAACAGUUUCUCAUUAACUUGUGCUGAUUACAGGCGUAUCGCCUCACUACACUAACUACCACACUAAUAAUUAAAAGGGCUUUUCUUGAAAUAUGAACCAGAGAGUAAAUUAUGCUGGCGUUUAUGUUUGUGUGAAUCACUUAAUGUGCACUUUAAAGUUAAUACACUGUAUAUAUUAUUUAUGAUGCAUGUGGGAUGAGGCGCUGACCGUGAUACAUUAUGUAUUAAAGAGGCACCUGUUAGAAAUCCAUGACGUAUAAAAAUACAUGUGUAGUAAGGGCUGUAUGAAAAUCUCACAUUGAAAUUAAGAGUUUGAUAUUUUUGGAAAUACGCUGAUUUGUUUAGCUGCUGAAAUUCAGAUGAGACGAUUCAUAUCACACGUGUUUGUAUAGUAAGACGUUUGUUGGCAGUCAGUUAACUUAGGUUUGCAUAAAGUCUUAAAAUGGUGAAGUGGCAGGUCUGGCUCUGUCUGAAGUAACAAAACUCAACGACCAGCAACAUCACUAACUGAUGUAUUGUGUCUAUGUUUGUUUGCUCUGUCCAAAAAUAGUGUAAAGACAAUUUUGCCCAACUCGACCACUUCUGAUCUUAGCGGAUGGACAUUAGCAGUAUCAAUCUUCUCAUGUUUUGGCAAGAGAGAACAUUUUCCAAAAGUGUUUAACGAUCUUGAAUCUAAAAAUAUAUACCAGGUGUAUAUUACCAUACCAUGUGUUGUUUCACCUAAAACAAGUAACAUUUGAAAGAAUAAACAAUAAAGCUG